AUGGAGUACCUGGAGAAGAAACAUGUGGUCCACAGGGACCUGGCCACACGGAACAUUCUAGUUGGGAUAACCUCAUGUGUAAGAUAG